AUGAAGUCCCUGUUCCUGCUUUCCCUGCUGUUGGCGGGUGUAGCCAGCGAUGAUAUCUCACCCCGGGCUGUAUGGAACCUUCGCAAAAUGAUCAAAUGCACCAUCCCGAACAGCCAUCCUUUCCUGCAAUUCGGUAACUACGGAUGCUACUGUGGCUUGGGCGGCCACGGGACUCCCGUGGAUGAACUUGACAAGUGCUGUCAAGCACAUGAUCACUGUUACUCAGAGGCAGAGAAACUAGAAUCAUGUACAUUCCUGUUGGACAACCCCUACACGGAGUGGUACAAGUUCACCUGUUCUGACGGGGAGAUUACGUGCAGCAGCAAGAACGACGCCUGCGAGGCAUUCAUCUGCAACUGCGACCGCACGGCUGCCAUGUGCUUCGCCAAGGCGCCCUACAUCAAGCAGCACGAGAGGCUGGACACCAAGAAAUACUGCAACUAG